AUGAGUCCCCUGGAUAUGGAUAUCGACCUGAUGGGUGCCCAGCCCGCGCUGUUCAAGCUUUAUACCCAACUAGCCUUCAUGUUUCCGCUGUCGGAGUCAGAAGAGGGGCAACCGUCACAUCACCAGGUUACCUCGACCAUGACUGCUGGAUUGGCAGAGCUAGCAGCGAACUUCCCUUGGGUUGCUGGUCAAGUCGUAAACAUAAACCCUGAUACUGAGGCUGCGCCCCAUUACAAGAUUCGGCCGUACGAACCGGUGCCGCAGCUAGUCGUACGAGAUUACACUGGAGAUGCCGAGAUACCCAGUUUUGAUCUGAUGCACCAAAAGGGAUUCCCGAUGAGUGUGUUGGGUGAGCAUGUUUGGGCGCCGUGUCCUACUUUGGCUGCUAUGGGAUUCGACCCGAAGAAAGGUUCCGGGGCUUCUGAUGAGCCUGCUCCAGUGAUGCUUGUGCAGAUUAAUUAUGUACGUGGUGGGCUGGUGCUUUGUGUUAAUAUGCAACACAAUGUGUGCGACAUGAUGGGCCAGGCGGCUGUCUUGGGCUGGCUGUCCCAGGCGUGUCGGAGCGAGCAUUUUACUGAAAAUGAGCUUGGGAUUGGUAAUAUGACGAGAGUAGGUAUUGUCCCGCUCAUUGAAGAUGAAGGCUGGACGCCUGGGCCUGAGCUGCAGAAUCAGCUGUUCCCUCUUUUACCUCCCACUGUUGACAAGGAAGUGGAUAACCCUGUCGAGCGGAAGAGUCCAGAACCACCUAGCAAGUGUGCUUGGACGUAUUUCGACUUCUCAGCCGAGUCAUUGGAGUCGUUGAAGGGGCUUGCGACUACCUCUCUUCCUCAAGAUUUCACCAGCUUCAUAUCGACCGACGAUGCUCUCUCCGCUUUCAUCUUCCUCUCUGUUCUGCGCACAAGGCAGUCCCGUCUGCGUCCGGAUGCCUCGGUGACAUUUGCACGGGCUGUUGAUGCUAGACGCUAUCUGGACAUACAUCCUGACUACCCUGGCGUACUGCAAAACAUGGCAUACACUAGCUAUCCUCAGGAGUCCUUACUUUCCACUCCGCUGGGUCAUAUCGCCGCCAAGAUGAGGCAGGCAGUCGAUCCCUUAGCGUCAGAUGUUGCAUACCGGACUCGCUCUCUGAUCACCUUUUUAUCCCAAUCGCCAGACAACGCGACGAAAACGAGUUUUACAGCUACCCUCGAUACGAGCGUUGACAUUGCGCUUAGCUCGUGGACAAAAGUACCCGCUUAUGAGUGGGACUUUGGGUUGAGGUUGGGCUCUCCAACUGCUGUUAGACGGCCGGGCUUUGUGCCUGUGGAGUCGCUUAUGUAUUUGAUGCCUAGGAGUCGGGAGGGGAGUGUAGCUGUUGCGAUGUGUCUGCGAGAGGAAGACCUGCAGUGCCUUUUGCGGGACGAGGAGUGGAAGAGGUUUGCUAGAUAUAUUGGUUGA